CUAAAAAUAUAUAAAUCCGAGAGCCAUUCUCCAUAAGUCACAUAAGUGAUUUCUGGAAAUCCUGAAACUUAGUAGAAAAAUUUCACUACGGAAAAGAGAAACACACACACACACACAAAUGGAGAAACGCCAUUUUCUCAUUGUUACAUAUCCAGGCCAAGGCAACAUAAAUCCAACCCUUCAAUUCUCCAAACUCCUAGCCAAAUAUGGUGUUAGAGUCACCUUUUCCACUAGUUUCGCCGCGAUACGUCGCAUGAGCAAAAUCCGAUUCUCAUUACCUAAAAACUUAACCAUUGUCCCAUUCUCAGAUGGUUAUGAUAAUGGCUGGGAAGAUUUUACUACUUACUAUACUUCUCUAGUAACCAUUGGCUCCCAAAACAUUGAAAAACUCAUCAUCAAUCAAGCACAAGAAGGCCAUCCAAUUACUCAUCUUGUUUACACCACCAUGAUGUCUUGGGUUGGUGAAGUUGUUCAAAAAUUCAAUAUUCCAUCAACACUUCUUUGGAUUCAGCCGGCUUCCAUGUUUGAUAUUUACUAUUUUUACUUCAAUGGUUAUGGCAAAAUUAUUGCAGAUAGUGAAAAGACUAAUGAUUUGGUCGAAUUGCCCGGGCUGCCACCGUUAACUUGCAGGGAUUUUCCUUCAUUUUUAUUCAAAUCCAGCCCUGACAUUUACGGCAUUUCUCUUCCUUCAAUAAAGAAACAUUUUGAGGUACUUGAAAUGAAUGGCGAUUGUCCCACUAUUCUUGUUAACAGUUUUGAUGCUUUGGAGCCAGAGGCUUUAAGGGUUGUUGACAAAUUUAAAUUUGUUGCAAUUGGACCUUUGGUUCCUUUAGCUUAUCUAGAUGGGAAAGAUCCUUUAGAUGCAUCAUUUGGAGGUGAUUUGCUUCCCAAUUAUGAUGGAGACUCUGUAAUUGAGUGGCUAAACUCAAAGCCUAAGAAUUCUGUUGUUUAUGUUGCUUUUGGGAGCUAUUGGGAUUUGGGAUUGAAACAAAUGGAAGAGAUUGCAAAAGGGUUGUUGCAGAGCAAGAAGCCAUUUUUGUGGGCGAUUAGAAAAGCCAAACAUGGUGAGAAAUCAGGGGAGAAAUUGGGAUGCAGAGAUGAGUUGGAAAAACAGGGGAGGAUAGUUGAAUGGUGUUCACAAGUUGAGGUUUUGUCACAUUCAUCUGUGGGUUGUUUUGUGAGUCAUUGUGGUUGGAAUUCUUCCAUGGAAAGCUUGGUUUGUGGGGUGCCAGUUUUGGGUCUUCCUCAAUGGACAGAUCAAAUGACAAAUGUGAAGCUGAUUCAAGAUGUUUGGAAGACUGGGAUUAGGGCUAUGGCUAAUGAAGAAGGGAUUGUUGAAGGUGAUGAGAUUAGGAAAGGGAUAAAAAUUGUUAUGGAAAGUGACGAGAUGAGAAAGAAUGCUGGAAAAUUGAGAGAUUUGACGAUUGAAGCUUCUAAAGAUGGAGGUUCAUCCAGUGUUAAUCUUAAGGCUUUUGUUGAUGAGGUUCAAGCUAUGAAUACCUAAUAUAUGUUGUGUUCCUUUACAUUGAUCAUUUUCUAGUUUUUGUAUCCAACUGACGAAUGUAACAUAUAGUAUGUAUCAAAGAUCUAAUCAAUGUCAUGCACUAGUAGUUUAGUGGUUUCGUAUUCCAU